AUGUUUGUUCUAACCUGGAUCUUUGCGCUUUUGUCUGCAAGAGGCACUGAUGCUGAUGGAGGUGCAUCAGUCUGGAGAAAAAGCUGUUCUUUAAAUAAUUAUUGUGUUACGUUCAGUGAUGGAAUCAUAACUGCAAAGGCUGGACUCUGUGUUGUGAUACCGUGUUCUUUUACUACUGACAGACAAUUUACACCCAAACAUUUGAUCUGGUAUAAAUGUGAACCCUCCAAUGGAAAAUGUCAAUAUUAUCACAUAUUUGAUUCUGAAAACAGUGACAACGUUCAGGCUAAGUUCAAAGGACGAGUGUCCCUGUUGCAGCCUGACGUGAGUAAGAAGAACUGCAGCAUCAUGAUCAAUGAUCUUCUCCGGUCUGAUUCUGGAUCAUAUCAGCUCAGAGUUGUUGGAGUCUUAAAUAAUAAGACAAAUGGAUUAACAUACAGUGCAAAACCAUAUAUUUCUGUGACAGGUCUAAGUCAGAAACCCACAGUGAAAGUUCCUCCUCUGAUGGAGGGACAGAAGGCCACCCUGACCUGCACUGCUCCUGGUCUCUGCUCUGGAUCUCGUCCUGAAAUCACCUGGACGUGGAGAGGAACGAGAGAGAACCGCUCUCAGUUCACAGGAAACAUCAUUGACUUCCACACUGAGAAUCUGACUGCAGUCGCACAAAGACACAGCUCAACUCUGACCUUUGACCCUUCAUCUGAACACCACGGCACCAACGUUACCUGUAGGGUCAGCUUUGCACGUGACACAACUACAAAGACGACUGAAACUUUGCACGUGAUCUAUAAAAGGAAUCCUGAGAUUAUUGGAAAUACAGCUGUAAAAGAGGGUGAUCUUCUAAAACUGACCUGCAGAGUUGACAGUUUCCCUCCAUCAGUUGUCAAAUGGACCAAACACUCAGCUCGUGGAAUUCAUCUCCACAAUGAUACUGGAUCAGCUACUCUUAAAAUCACAAAUGUGACAACAGAAGAUUCUGGAGAGUACAUCUGUACAACAACGCACUUAAACACAAGUGCCCUUGCACAAGCUAAUGUAACAGUGAAUUGGAUUUCAAAGGUCCUAAAUGGUUCUGGAUGUGUUCUUCAAUCAAAGGUCCUGACCUGUGUGUGUACGUUUGAGGGGUUUCCUUUGCCCACCAUCAGAUGGCCUCUGCUGAAGGAUCGCACUGAGUACUCAAUCAUUACCACAGUGUCAAACAAGACGGUGAGCAGCACUGUUUCCCUGACUGGAGGAAAGCAUGGCAACAUGACUGUUGAAUGUUUCAGCAGCAAUGAAAUUGGUGAGGCAAAGGAAAACCUCAUGAUCAGGAACUUGUCAGGAAAAGAAGCGGUUCAGUCCAAAGCCUCUUCAGUUUCCUGGUUGCAGGUCAUUUCUGCAUUUUUGAUUGGGAUUCUCUUUUCAGCUAUCUGCUUUUGUUUGGUGCUAAAACGCGACAGGAAACUUCAAAAGCACUCUGAGUCUUUAGAUGACAAUAUGGAGAUGACGGUUGAAGAUUACUCAGUGAUCCAUGUGAGUCAAGCAGUACAAGAUGGUCAGUCCAAAUUUGAAGAAGGUGCUAUGAAUGGAGAUCCAGCUGAGCACAACAAUGGUUCAAAAGACUUGAUAUAUGCCAGCCUUGAUUAUUCCCUGUUGAACAGAAGGCCUGGAGUGGCAACAAUGAGAAGAGAGAACACAGAUACAGAAUAUGCAGAAGUUAAGGUGAAAGGAACAAGGGAAAUUGAUUUAGGAGAUUUGUUUUCUGAGGUGGAUUAUGGCACAAAAGACUGUCAAAAAGUGGAGGAAGACUCUGAGGAGGCAACGUAUGCCACUGUGAAGAGCUUAAAUGAUGAGAUCUGA